CCCGGGUCCGACCUGGCAAGGCACGUUCGGGACCAAAGGAUGCCUGAAACUCUGUACAUGUGAGCUCGGCCGGUGAUCUAGGGCCGACUCACCAUGGGUAUUCCUUCGUAUAUAUCAAAUGAAGGGUGUGAUGGGAACGCGCAUGCCCAAACUUGACUUGAGGGAGGCCGACCAGCCACCUAUCCACCAGGCGACGUCAAGCGUGUCCGUAAAGUGCAGCGCGCAGCGAGAGCGGAGACGUCCGAGCUACAGCUGACAGCGUUCGCACGCGGGGGACGAGUGCACGCACUGCGCAUACGCAACGCACGUGCUUCCGCCUCGAGUGCCCCGCGUCUUCCCAGGUCAAAACUCGCUAGCCCUGAUGUCAGUGCAAAGGUUCCCCUCCCUCGGGGCGGUGUACCCCAGUGUACCCCCGAAAACGCGGCGAUCCGGCCGCAUGCGGAAAGCGUUUCGUCGGAAGCCACCACGCUCUGCAGCGCGAGCUGAUGCGCAGAGACUUACGAGUGCAGUCUGGGGCCAGGGCGAUCGUCGCGCAGCCGUGUAUGGCGGUCGUUUCUCAGAAAGGCAGCGAAAGAGGGUGCGGAGGACGAUCUUCACCUGGAUGCACGGACGCAUCUCGGAAGUCCCGGGGACCGAAGGGAAACGAAACGUGCUACGUGUCGUGGAAGGCAACGCAAGCUCAGCGAACGCUACCGCCGAAUGUGAGUUUCCCAGCGCAGAGCAGCGUCGUCACAGCGUGCCGCUACCAGCUGAUGGAGACACCUCGGUAAAAUGCGAGGUUAGGCCUGUCCAAUGCGAGAUGGUUAUGUCCGGGGCCGAACAUACCGGAAUGAUGCAUGCGCACGGACAGGGUGACUGGGGAAC